AUGAUGUCGGCCGCCAACGAGACACUGGGCGUGUGGAGGGAUCACAGCGUGCCGUACAAGGUGGUGAGCACGGCGGUGCUGCUGCUGAUCUGCUUGGCGGGCACGGUGGGCAACGCCAUGGUGGUGCUGGUGGUGCUGACCACCAAGCACAUGCGCACGCCCACCAACUGCUACCUGGUGAGCCUGGCCGCCGCCGACCUGAUGGUGCUGACGGCGGCGGGCUUGCCCACGGCGGCGGACGGCGCCCUGGGCUGGUGGGUGUUCGGGCGUGCGGGCUGCCUGCUCAUCACAUACCUGCAGUACCUGGGCAUCAACGCGUCGUCCUGCUCCAUCGCCGCCUUCACGGUGGAGCGCUACAUCGCCAUCUGUCACCCCAUCCGGGCGCAGUCGCUGUGCACGCUGGCCCGCGCCAAGAGGAUCAUCGUGCUGGUGUGGAGCCUCACUUCCGUCUACUGCGUCAUGUGGUUCUACCUGGCCGACCUGCAGCUGCUGGUCUACGACAACGUCACCGUGGCCACCUGCGGCUACCGUGUGCCCCGGAAGCUCUACCUGCCCGUCUACUUCUUCGACUUCGGCGUCUUCUUCGCGGUGCCGCUGCUGCUCUCCGCCGUGCUGUACGGCCUCAUCGGCCGCAUCCUCUUCCUCAACCCGCUGCCCUCCGACGCCCGGGCCCGCCAAGGCGACCACCACCACGACGACGCCGGAAAGAAGAAGAAGAGCUGCGGCUGCAGGAACUCCAGCUCGACGGCGGCGUCCAGGAGACAGGUGACCAAGAUGCUGGCGGUGGUGGUGGUGCUGUUCGCCGGCCUGUGGAUGCCAUACCGCACCCUGGUGGUGGUCAACUCCUUCCUGGAGCGCCCGUACCUGGACAGCUGGUUCCUGCUCUUCUGCCGCGUGUGCGUCUACCUCAACAGCGCCGUCAACCCGCUCAUCUACAACGCCAUGUCGCAGAAGUUCCGCGCCGCCUUCCUCAAGAUCUGCCGCUGCGGCCGCCGGCGCUCGGACAAGCCCGCCGCCGCCGCCGCCUACAGCGUGGCGCUGAGCUACAGCGCCGCCAAGGACACGUCGGCGGCGGAGAGCACGGAGCGCUUCGCCACCGAACUGGAGGAGCUCACCGUCACCGAGGGGCUGCUGUCGGACCAGCAAGUACAAGUCCGAGGGACGGGUCUUCAUGGAGUCCUUUGAGAGCCAAACACAGACUACUCUACUUUGCGGCCAAUCAUCGCCAUGGCAACCAGAAAAGGAAGCAGACUCACGGAUGAAAGACGUUUCCUGGACGACCACUUCAAAGUCUU